GCGCAUGCGCAUGUCAACAGUUUUGAUUUCAGUUUGUAAGUAUGGCACUGCAAGCGAAGCUCUUGAGAUUCAGUUUGGCUGUGAAUCGCAAUUUACUCAAAACAACUGCUGUCAGCAGCAAACGGUACUUGUCAGAAAAAGCGUCCUCCAAUCCGAAAGCAUCCGUUUCUGCCGAAAAUGCCGAUCAUGUUCUCUACACAGAGGAACAUUUUGCAUUAAAGGCAUCUUUGAGAAAGAUCAUUGAUCAAGAGAUCAACCCUUACGUAGACAAAUGGGAGGAAGAAGGGCUAUUUCCUGCUCAUAAGAUCUUCAAAAUUUUGGGUAAUGCAGGAUUUUUAGGAGUCAACAAACCUGUGGAGUAUGGAGGUCUGGGGUUGGACUUCAGCUACAGUGUGGCUGUUGCUGAAGAACUGGGGAAUAUCAACUGUGGAGGAAUUCCCAUGGCCAUCGGAGUGCAGAGUGACAUGGCUACACCUGCGCUGGCGAGGUUUGGUUCUGCAGAGCUCAAGAAAGAGUUCUUGCAGCCCAGCAUAAUGGGAGACGUAGUGGCCUGCCUUGGGGUGAGCGAAACGGGGGCCGGCUCUGAUGUAGCAAGCAUCAAGACUAAAGCUGUGCGCAAAGGAGAUGAAUUUGUCAUUAAUGGAGGAAAGAUGUGGACUACUAAUGGCACUCAGGCAGACUGGAUGUGCCUCCUGGCCAACACCAGCGAUGGCCCUUCACACAAGAACAAAUCCCUAAUCUGUUUACCUAUGAAUCUGCCAGGCGUUCAUAUCGCACGCAAGAUCGAUAAAAUAGGCAUGCGGUCGUCGGAUACAGCAGAGGUGUUUUUCGAUGACGUCCGUGUGCCCUGCAAAAAUAUCAUAGGCCAAGAGGGAAUGGGCUUCACGUACCAGAUGCUACAGUUCCAGGAGGAACGACUCUGGGGGGUGGCCAAUAUUCUGACGACCAUGGAGAAAGUUGUCCAAGAGACCAUUAAUUACACCAGACAGAGGAAGAUCUUCAGUCAGCCCAUUCUGUACCACCAGGUCGUUCACUUUAGGCUGGCUGAGCUCCAGACAGAAAUUGAGCUGUUGCGCUCCCUUCUGCAUCGCGCCACAGCUUUGUACAUUAAGGGAAACGAUGUGACAAAGUUGGCGUCAAUGGCCAAGCUGAAGGCAGGACGACUGGCCCGAGAGCUCGGUGACAGCUGCCUCCAGUAUUGGGGUGGCAUGGGCUUCACCAGUGAUGUCCUUGUCAGCAGGUUCUACAGGUCAUCAGAAUUAUUGUCCAUUGGUGCAGGAGCUGAUGAGGUGAUGCUGUCAAUCAUAUGCAAGUACAUGGACACUCUACCCAAGAAGUAACAUCACUCAUAUGAGCUCAGUUUGAAAAACAAAGUGCACUCAAAAGGAGAAUCUGACACUAAAUAUAAAUGAAGUGUAGUUGUAUCAGAUAUACAAGCAAUUAACAACUUCAAGUUGGAUGAUUUAUACCUUGCAGUAAAAAAGGGUUACAUGUAGUUAUAUAUAACAUAUGUAAAUUUUGAUUGUAGUUGUAAAUUACUGUUAAUAUGCAUGAAAAAAUGAAGUUUUCAUAAUUCUAAAGAAGCUUGUAAGAUUUCUGAGAAUUGUAAAUGGAAUAUAUGAAAACAAAGGAACUAUGUAAUAAUUCUCUCAAAAAUGACAUUUAUUUACAAGUUAGUUUCUGAAACUGAAAUAAACCAUGCAUUUUGUUAACCAUA